AUGGGUGAUAUAGUCCCGAAUCAGCUGUUUGUCGCAGGGUACAGUCGUAGCAAAGUAUCUGGCGAUAAGGAUGUAAAGGAUAUCUUCAAAAAGUAUGGAACGAUUAAAGAAGUGGCAUAUAAGGGAUCUUACUCUUUUGUAACUUUUAGUAGUGAGCAAGAAGCAUUGGAUGCCUUGAAGGCUACCAAUGGCCAAACCUAUAAUGGAUAGAAAUUAAAAGUCGAUGUUGUUGACAACAGGAAGGGAAGAAAGAGCGGGCCAAAUGACGAAGAUAAAUGUUUCAAAUGCAGUAAAGGUGGCCAUUGGGCUCGUUAAUUGGUCCAAAUGGAAGAUCACCAAGAAGAAGUCGAAGAAGAUCCAAUUCACGUUCAAAGAGGCGUCAUAGAAGAUCUGAUUCCAGAUCAUACUCGUCACACUCAUCAUCUAGAUCUAGAAGAAGAAGAUAUCAAAACAGAAGAAAGAGACACAGCAGAAGUCCAAGAAGAGAUGGAAGACAAAAAAAGCGAAGUAUUAGUCCUAGACGAUCACCCUCAGAUUCAGGAUCAUCCAAAAGACAAAAUUCAAUAUCUUGAUAAAAAGUGGGAAAACCAAUUUAUUACAAAAAGAAUAUAUAAAUUAUUUGAAUAUAUUUCAUUCAACUCUUUCUCAUAAAUAAUAAAAAUUAUGAAAAAAAGAACUCUUUCGACACAGCUAGGAGGAAAAAAAAGCUAAAAUAUUAUCAAGCUCUAAAAAUUAUAUAACAUUUGA